AUGGAGCCAAUUGCAAGUCAGAGUACCGAGAUGCGCAUCUAUAACUUCGAUUCAUCCGACAAAGUCCUUGGCAUCGACGACCAAAUUGGAAAGUCCGUGGAGAAUUACGGAUGCCGCCAAAUCAUCGGUCACAGAGGCGACUUCCACCUCAUUAUGAAGGACUUCGCUCUCGAACAGGGCGUCAAAAUCCGGCUUGGCGAGCGAGUCGAAGUCUACGAUCCCAGUCAACCUAGCAUAACCCUUUCCACAGGAGAAAUAAUUCAAUCAGAUGUCGUCAUCAUCGCGGACGGCGUCAGAAGCAAGGGACGCACGACUGUGCUGGGUUAUGAAGAUAAACCUCAGGCAAGCGGAUACGCCAUCUACCGAUCAUUCAUGAGCGGUGACCUCCUUCGCGAUGACCCUUUGACCAGUAAAUUCCUCAGAGAUGGUGAUUCAAUCCGAUUGUUCCUGGCCAAGGACUCUCAUGGGUUCAUUAGCACUCUGCAGGGUGGAAAAGAGAUCAAUGCGGUCUUGACUCACAAAGACGUUGGGGACGUCGCGGAGAGUUGGACUAAAGAGGCCACCAAAGAUGAUGUGUUGGCAUGUCUAGAAGGAUGGGAUCCUGCUGUCAGAAGAGUGUGGGAAAAGAUGCCUUCAGUCAUUGACUGGAAGCUCGUGUACCGCCCUUGCCUCGACAAAUGGGUCGCAGACUCCGGGCUAAUUACUUUGAUGGGUGAUGCUGCACAUCCCUUUCUACCCACUUCGACUCAAGGUGCUAGUCAAGCCAUCGAAGACGGAGCCACCAUAGCCAAAUGUCUCUCAAAAUGUGCAGGCAAUAUCCCCCUAGCCUUGCAUACCUACUUCGAAAUCCGACACGACUACGUUGCCGAAGCACAGGCGACUGGGAUCAAGCAAAGAGAAAUAUGGCACAACUUGCAUGAUGAGGACAGCAAAGCUUUCAAGGAGGAAUUCGACAUCAACGCCACCAUGAUGCAGAAUCUGUAUCUUUGGGAAAACGAUGCUGAAAGAUUGGUCGAUGAGAAGUGGGAUGAGGUGUCGGAAAUUGUCAAGCAGAGGCUUAGUGUUAACAGUGGUUGA